GAGUAAGGAGAAAAAGAAAGAACAAAGAAAAUGGUAGUUUGGUAAAUAAGAGAAGAAAACAGUGGCACAAAACACGGUUCCUGAAAUCCAUCCAUCCAUCCAUCCACAGUAAUACUAAUACUGAUAUCAGUGAUAUGCUUUGCUUUCCUUACUAUAACCCUUUUCACUCGCGAUAGUGUUUAUUCUUUUUUCAUAAAUGUGAAUAACAAUCACAAAAAUCUCUUUUCAGCCAUGGCCCUUUCUGAAUCAAACGCUGACGUAUUCCCAUGGCUGAAAUCCAUGCCAGUAGCCCCCGAAUACCGACCUACUCCAGCAGAGUUCGAAGAUCCGAUCGGUUACAUUUUCAAGAUCGAAAAAGAAGCUUCCAAAUACGGAAUCUGUAAAAUCAUUCCACCGUUUCCACCCUCACCUAAGAAAACCGCCAUAGCUAACCUAAACAGGUCACUACCUAAUUCCACAUUCACUACACGUCAGCAACAGAUCGGGUUCUGUCCCCGUAAGUCCCGACCCGUUAAACGACCCGUUUGGCAGAGUGGGGACCACUACACCUUUACGGAGUUUGAAGCAAAAGCUAAAUGGUUUGAGAAAAGUUACCUGAAGAAGCAUAGCAAGAAGAAGGGUAAUGGUGGUGGUGCUCUUGAAAUGGAAACACUGUUUUGGAAAGCGACGGUUGAUAAACCUUUUUCAGUUGAAUAUGCAAAUGAUAUGCCUGGUUCCGCUUUUUCGAUGUCGUCGUCGAAAUUUCGUCACUCCGGUGAGUCUGCUUCGGUUGCUCAUAGUGCUUGGAACAUGAGAGGGGUUUCAAGGGCAAAAGGGUCUUUGUUGAGGUUUAUGAAGGAGGAGAUUCCUGGGGUUACUUCACCCAUGGUUUAUCUUGCUAUGCUUUUUAGUUGGUUUGCUUGGCAUGUUGAAGAUCACGAUCUUCAUAGCUUGAAUUAUCUUCAUAUGGGUGCUUCCAAGACUUGGUACGGUGUUCCUAGAGAUGCUGCUGUUGCUUUUGAGGAUGUUGUUAGGGUUCAUGGCUAUGGUGGAGAGAUUAACCCUCUUGUUACAUUUUCUAUUCUUGGUGAGAAAACCACAGUGAUGUCACCAGAAGUGUUUAUUAGUGCAGGUGUUCCAUGCUGCAGGUUAGUGCAAAAUGCUGGAGAAUUUGUUGUGACAUUUCCAAGAGCCUAUCACACAGGGUUUAGUCAUGGUUUUAAUUGUGGAGAGGCAGCAAACAUUGCAACACCUGAGUGGUUGAGGGUUGCCAAGGAUGCUGCUAUUCGGAGGGCUUCAAUAAAUUAUCCUCCCAUGGUUUCACAUUUCCAGUUACUUUAUGACCUUGCCUUAGCUUUGUGUUCAAGAGUCCCUGGGGGAAUCAGUGCGGGACCACGGAGUUCUCGUCUUAAAGAUAAGAAGAAGGGUGAAGGAGACUCUGUAGUUAAAGAACUAUUUGUCCAGGAUGUGUUACGAAACAAUGAUCUGCUUCAUGUACUUGGAAAAGAAUCUUCUGUAGUACUUCUUCCUCGCAGUUCAGUUGACAUUUCUAUUUGCUCAAAAUUACGUGUUGGAUGUCGGCAACAAAAAGUGAACCCUGGAUUUUCCAUUAAUGUAUGCAAUUCUGAGGGAAUGAAUUCCUCAAAAGGUUUUGUUUCUGAUGAUCUGGUAUUCAACAGGAAUUGUGGAAUCGUUCAAGAAAAAAAUUCUCAUUCUGUGAAAGGCGAGUUUAAUCUGUUGUCCGAAGGGAAGGGGAUUUCCCCAUUUGAUGCAAACAGUAACACAUCCCCUUCAAGUUCCAAGCAGCUUCAUAGAAGCAAGGAAAGUGAAACUAGUCAAGGAGAUGGAUUGUCAGAUCAGAGACUGUUUUCGUGUGUCACGUGUGGGCUAUUAAACUUUUCAUGUGUUGCUAUUGUACGUCCUAGCGAACCAGCAGCAAGAUAUCUUAUGUCUGCUAACUGUAGCUUCUUUAAUGAUUGGGUUGUUGGUUCUGGAGUACCUAGCAAUAAAUUUACUGUUGCCGGUGAAGAUGAAAAUAUUCCUGAGCCAAAUAUUCAUACAGAGUGGACAGAGAAAAAUGCCCAAGUAGAGGCUUUAAAUACUGAAGGAGGAAAUGCUAAUACAGCUCUUGCAUUAUUAGCUUCAGCAUAUGGAAAUUCUUCCGACUCUGAGGAAGAUGCAGUUGACAAUCAUGAAUCAAAUACAAUACACUCUACAUCAGAAAGUUUGCCUUCUAAUGUUCAGGUUUCCCAUGAUAAUCCUAUGACUAGGCAUGAUAAAGAUGAUAUUCUUUCAGAGAGUACUAGUUACAAAGCACAUGGGUUUGAGGGUAAUUUGAGUCAGCCUUGUGACCAAUCUUUGGAGGAUCAGGAUUAUAAAACCACUUCAGGAGUUGCAUUGGAAAAUACAAGGCAAAUGCCUUAUUCCACCACAUAUAGUUCCCAAGAUGCUAAUAAUGCUGAAAAAUCACUGUCAGUUGAAGCCAUGGUUGCUGUCAAUCAUAAAAAUGCUUUAUUGGUACCGCAAUGUGACGAAGACUCAUCUAGAAUGCAUGUAUUCUGUCUAGAGCAUGCUGUAGAUGCAGAACAGCAACUUCGCCCAAUAGGUGGAGCCCACAUAUUGCUCUUGUGCCAUCCAGAUUAUCCCAAGAUAGAGGCUGAAGCAAAGUUGGUGGCAGAAGAUUUGGGGAUUGAUUACAUGUGGAAGAAUAUUACCUACAGGCAUGGCACCAAAGAGGAUGAGGAGAGGAUCCAGUUAGCUGUGGAUAGCGAGGAAGCGAUUCCUGGGAAUGGGGACUGGGCUGUAAAGCUAGGAAUAAAUCUCUUUUAUAGUGCAAAUCUUAGCCGCUCUCCCCUUUAUAGCAAGCAGAUGCCUUACAAUUCUGUUAUAUAUUAUGCAUUUGGUCGUAGCACUCAAGCAAGCUCGCCCAUAGAACCAAAGGUCUAUCAGAGAAGGUCCGACAAGCAUAAAAAGGUAGUUGCUGGCAAAUGGUGCGGUAAAGUUUGGAUGUCUAAUCAGGUCCAUCCCCUUUUAGCAAAAAGGGAUUCUGAAGAUGUUGAGGAUGAGAAAAGUUUACAUGGAUUGGUAUUGCCUAAUGUGAAAAUUGAGGCAUCUGGAAGUACCCCCAAAACUGAAACUGCUAUUACAAAAUCAGGUAGGAAAAGGAAAACGACCAUAGGCAGUAGACGAACCAGGAGAGGAGGAUUUGUUAAAAAAGACGUGGUUUUAGAUAAUUCCGCUGAAGAUAAACCCAAUCCUCGGCCAAGGAGGAUUGUUAAACAAGAUGGUGCAGCUGAAAGUGAUUUAGUUUCUGAUGAUUCGCUUGAUGAUGAUUAUCGCAUGCGACGUAUGAGUUUUAAUGUCAAAAAAGCUAAAUUUAUUGACAAUGAUGCGGUUUCAGAUGAUGCAAUGGACCUUGAUUCUGAUUGUCAUCAGAUGGGAGAACUUAGAAGCAAGCAAGUUGAAUAUACAGAGAGAGACUCAAUUUCAGAGGAUUCUUUGGAUGUUGGUUCACUUCAACACAGAAAGACUUCUAGAAACAAGCAUGCCAACUGCAUAAUUGAAGAUGCAAUUUCUGAUGACCAAAUGGAGAAUGGUUGUCAGAUGCAGCAAAAUAGAAUUCCUAAAAAAAGGCAAGGCAAAUCCCUUGCUGAAAAAGAUUCCGUGAUAUCAGAUGACCAACUGGAGCUGAACAUGCAGAAGCAGUGGCGGAGUAAUUCUAGAAGUAGGAAAGCCAAAUACCUCACCGAAGAGGAUAGUGUAUCAGAUAACCAAGCGAAUGUCUAUUGUCGCAAGUACCAAAGAAGGACAGUCAAAGUCAGGCAAGCCAGAUGUGUAGUAGGGGAAGAUUUAAUGUCUGAUGACCAAUUGAAGGAUCCCUUUCUAAACCAGAAACCAAGUAUUUCUAGAAGGAAAAACAAAGUCAUUGAUAGAGAAGUUAAAAAUGAAAUGUCUGAUGACCAACUGGAUGAUCACUUUCAGAAGCAGCAGAAAAAAAUUCCUAAGGGCAGGAGGCACACCAAACAGACUGAUGAAGAAGUUAUUGAUGACUCGGCUGAAGAUGAUAUGAGUUUAAAUAACGAAAUGGAAGAUGAUUCUCUUCAGCAGUACAAGAGAACUCAUCCAACUAAACAAUCCAAACCAAAGACACUUAGACAAAUGAAGCAAUCCAAAUCCCUCCAGAUAAAAAACCAGACACUUCCGGUGAAACGAGGGGUUGGGUUGCGGAUGAAAUCAAAGGCUGCUCAGCAAGUAAAGCAGCCUUCUCGUUUGCGGAGUAAACAAUCUGGUAGCUCCAGAGAGCCUAGUUUAGAUAUGGAAGAGGAGGAAGAAGGUGGACCUAGCACACGCCUUAGAAAGAGGGUCCAAAAAGCUCAGGAGUCUGAAGUAAAAUCAACAGAAAAGCAAACCAAAAGGAAAAGUGCAAAGGAUGUUACAGCUACAAAGGUUUCAGCUCGCGAUCCCAAAACAGAGGACGAGGAAGCAGAACAUCAGUGUGACAUUGAGGGAUGCACCAUGAGUUUUGAAUCAAAACAAGAAUUGUUGCACCAUAAGAGAAAUGUCUGUCCAGUAAAAGGUUGCGGAAAAAAGUUUUUCUCACACAAAUAUCUGGUGCAGCACCGGCGAGUUCAUGAAGAUGACCGUCCCCUGAAAUGUCCCUGGAAGGGGUGCAAGAUGUCUUUCAAGUGGGCAUGGGCUCGAACUGAGCAUAUUCGAGUGCACACUGGUGUACGUCCUUAUGCGUGUGCCGAACCAGGUUGUGGGCAAACAUUCAGAUUUGUGUCUGAUUUCAGUCGUCAUAAGCGAAAGACUGGGCAUUUAGCAAAGAAGAUUCGUCAAUAGCAAAGUGCAAUAGAUGUUGUUACUUGACAUGUUUUUAGAGUUUAUAAAUCCAUUGCUUAAUUGACCAAGCUAGGACUAACAUUUUAGGAUAUGUCUGCAAUUGCCAUUUGUAACAAGUAGCAAUUGCCAUUUGUAACAAGUAUUAAUUCUGUUUGCUUUGGGUCUUAAACCCAUUUUUUCAUUACAAUUAAAGCAAUUGCUUAAUUCUCACCCAGUUAUUAUCACAUCA